AUGGAAGCUGCAGGCAAUGAAAAAUCUAUGAAAAUUCCUCAUGUAAUAGUCCUUCCAUAUCCAAGCCAAGGCCACAUAAACCCUCUUCUGCAAUUUGCAAAACGCCUCGCCGCAAAAGGAGUCAAAGCCACAUUCGCCACCACAUUCUACACUGUCAAUUCCAUCCGCGCCACAAAUGUGGUGGUGGAGCCUAUCUCCGACGGCUUCGACCAUGGAGGCUUUGCUGAAGCAAAGAAAGAAGAUAUCUACAUCAACUCAUUCAGAGAAAAUGGCUCAAGAGAUUUAUCACAAAUCAUUGAAAAAUUCGAAAAAUCUGAUUUUCCAGUCAAUUGUAUAAUCUAUGAUUCGUUUUUGCCAUGGGCUCUUGAUGUUGCUAAGGAACAUGGAAUUUAUGGAGCUUCGUUUUUCACCAACUCGGCCGCGGUUUGUGCCGUGUUCUCCCACAUACACGACGGCUCGUUGACUCUACCAGUGGUGAUUAAAGACAAGCCGUUGAUUUUGCCAGGAUUGCCGCCAUUCAGCGACUGCGAUAUGCCGGGGUUUAUCAGGGCACCGGAAAGCUAUCCUGCUUAUUUGGCUAUGAAAAUGAGUCAAUUCUCAAACUUGGAGAAGGCUGAUUAUGUGUUUGCUAACACUUUCGAAGAAUUAGAAGGCCAGGAGGCAAAAAGCGUUUCAAACAUCUGGCCUGCAAAGUUAAUAGGUCCAAUGGUGCCAUCAGCAUACUUGGACAACAGAAUUGAAGAAGACCAAGGCUAUGGAGCCAGUUUAUGGAAGCCCCUAAGUGAAAAAUGCGUUACGUGGCUCAAAAGCAAGCCAAACAAAUCAGUAAUCUACAUUUCAUUUGGUAGCAUGGUUUCAUUAACAUCAAAACAAAUGGAAGAAAUGGCAACGGCAUUAAUGAGCACGAAUUCGUACUUCCUAUGGGUCGUAAGAGAGAGUGAACACAAUAAAUUGCCAGCUGGAUUCUUCGACUUGACCGAAGGAAAGGGCCUGGUCGUGUCAUGGUGCAACCAACUCGAAAUGCUAGCACACCAAGCCAUUGGUUGCUUUGUGACACAUUGUGGAUGGAACUCGACAAUUGAAGGAUUGUGCCUUGGCGUGCCUAUGGUGGGAAUGCCACAAUGGUCGGACCAAAUGCCCGAUGCUAAGUACAUUGAGGAUGUAUGGAGGGUCGGGGUUCGCGCCAAGGAGGAUGAAUCUGGAAUUGUGAGCAGAGAAGAGCUUUUGUAUUGUUUAAAACAAGUUAUGGAAGGAGAAAGGGGUGAGGAGAUCAAGAGGAAUGCAAGAAAAUGGCGAGAAUUGGCUAAGGAAGCAAUUGAUGAAGGUGGCACCUCAGACAAGUGCAUCAGUGAAUUCGUAGGGCAGUUAAAGAGUGCUGCCAUGGACAGUAUUUUACAUAACGAAAAAGUUGGCUACUAA